GUGCUUACGUGCGACGUGCGUGGCUGGGUGCAGUGCCAUUGAAAUUGGAUCAGGGGCUAAAGAUAGGCCCCCCACUAUUGCACCCAUCCCCUCCCCGACACUUCCCACCAACACAGAACCCAGUCUGCACAGCACAGAUGAUUUACGAUAGACGCCCUCGUUCUACAGCAGAACCUGUCCCCGAUCGAACAAGGACAGUUGCUCUUUUUUUGUCUACACGAGCCCCAGAGUUAUACGGAAAGCAUUUCCACCGACUCGGGACCACUUGAUUUUUAGUUUGUCGUUUAAAAGUGAGUUCGCAAAGUAAAAAAGAAACCACGCAUGUUUUUGUUCUGAUAAAAUAAUUUGCGUCACCCGAGGCUGAAGUUCAUCACAGGAGGGGGUUUCUUGUUGUGUAUUUAUUGAGAGCAAAAAAAUCAGCACAGGCUAAUAAGGGCAGACGAUCUCAUUCAAUAUUUCCCGCAACAUCGCUGGGCUGGCUUAAGGCACUACCACUAGAGUACAAGGAGGAAUUGCAGCUACCAAGGCGCGCGGUGUCAUGCGGUACGGGUUCUGUGCCUGUAAAUAGCAGGAUGGAGUGCGAUGUUGCUAUCGUUUUUCAUGACCAGACUCCCAUGCCCACCGUGCUGUGGGUGCUGGACAUUUUGAAGGCCAAGGCUCCGGAGCUAUUGGUGGAGAUAAGUCACAUCCCGUGCACCGUGCUGCACCUCACGGCCAGCCACGAUGACCUGGUGAGAGGUGCGGAGGCCAUGGGCCUGAGAAAGGACAGGCACUGCGAUUUCCAGAAAUUACGAAAAAAUUGGUUUCCCAAGAAGGCGGCAAACUUUGUGCACGCCUACAAUUCUCCCAACACGGACCCCCUCACCUCGCAGGAGCGUCAGGCCAUCAUCUGCCACACGCUGGACAACGUGCGAGCCCGCUCAGGGGAACGCGUGGGCAACGUGAACUUCCUGGAGGGACAGGCCAUCUUUCCAGAGUUGCUGGCCAAGGGAGUGGUGGCUCAAAUUUUCCCUCUCCACGAGUCUCGGGCCCUGGCACAUUUCGCUAAGACAUGGAUGUACGGCUUCUUGGAAAAGCAGCCGCUAGACCAGAUUUGCGAAUACUUUGGGGUGAAAGUGGCCGUGUACUUCGCUUGGCUGGGCUUCUACACGUCGGCCAUGUUCUACCCUGCAUUCUUUGGGCUCCUGCUCUGGCUCUGCACAACCUCCGACCAGACGAGCCAGGACAUCAGCUGCGUGGCAUUCUCGCUGUUCAAUGUGGUGUGGGCGACGCUGUUCCUGGAGGGCUGGAAGAGACACAGUGCCGAGCUCUCUCACAGGUGGGGGACCCUCGACUCGCUGCCCGGCCUGCUGGAGGAGCCUCGCCCUCAGUUUUGUGGCAGGAGGCGCAUAAGCCCCAUCACAGGCCUCGAGGAGUUCUACUACCCUCCGUGGAGACGACGCAUGUUCCGCUACCUCGUCAGCAUCCCCUUGUGCCUCUUGUCGCUGUCGGCCGUCUUUCUGGCCAUGUUUGCAUGCUUUGAGUUACAGGAGUACGUGAAGGCCAUUGACGGCGUGACGCCCCUGAUGCAGUUCCUGCCGAAGCUGCUGCUGGCCCUGGUGGUUUCCCUCCUUGAUGAGGUCUACAAGAGGAUCGCGUUCUGGCUCAACCAUCUCGAAAAUUACAGGCUGCAGAAAGCUUAUGAGAAGCAACUGAUAAUCAAGCUCGUCUCGUUCCAGUUUGUGAAUUCUUUCUCAAGCCUCUUCUACAUUGCCUUCUACCUGGGUGACAUGCAGAGGCUCAAGGAGCAACUGGCGGCAUUCUCGCUGGUGACUGAGGCCACUCGCAAGGUGAAGACGGCGCUGCUGCCGCACCUCCUCCUCAAGCUCCACCUCCUCAUCAACUUCCUGCGGGGAUAUAACCUUCUGCUCGUGGGCAUGCCCUGGAUCACCGUGCGGCAACUCAAGCCUGCUCUUCACGCUUUGGGCAGCGCCACCCUGGCUGCCCUACGCUGCCGGCCCGACAACCCUCUACCCAUUCUCCCCACGCCAGCAGCACCACCGCAUGCGUACUGCAAUCACGAGACCGAACCCGGUGGUUGUAGUGAGGCAUCACAGGGCGCGGGUGGCAUUGGAAGAGCUGUCCCCCGCGUGAACAUGCUCUCCGACAACGAUAAUAUCGACGAUGGCAACGACGACAACAAAACAAAUGGCUCCACCUCAGAUGUGAGCACGCAAAGUGAGAUCAAAAUAGGCACAGCGCAGCUCGUGAAUUGGACCAGGUCGAAGGGGGCAGGGGCAGUACCCUUGAGCCGUGAAGAUCCUGGUGAGGGGACAGCGGCUGGGGAGCAGCUAACAGCAGCGGCAGAGCUGAUGGGGGAGAAGGAACGCAUGGAGGAGAUACAGCUGAUACGGACCGUGGAGAUUGAGCAAGAGGUGAAGCUACUGGCGGAGAUGGAGCUGCACGGAAAGGCUCCACCGGUGUCCCAGGUGGUGAUUGAGAGCUGCAUGAAGAAGUAUGAGGACACAUUCCAGGAUUACCUCGAGAUGUUCAUCCAGUUUGGCUACGUCACCCUGUUCUCGUCCACUUUCCCGCUCACGGCCCUCUUUGCGUUUCUCAACAACCUCGCUGAGAUCCGCACGGACGCGUUCAAGCUGUGCACGGCCCUGCAGCGGCCGUUCGGGCAGCGCGUCAAGAACAUCGGCAUGUGGCAGAAUAUCAUGGAGGCAAUGGGUGUGAUCGCCAUUGUGGUGAACUGUGCACUCAUUAGCAAGGGUGGCCACCUGGAGAGGCUGUUUCCCUGGUUGCCGAUCAACACCUCUGUGCUGCUGGUUGUGGCUUUGGAGCACUUUGCAUUACUUAUUAAGUACGUGAUCCACAUGGCAAUUCCCGACAUCCCUUAUUGGGUGUUGGAGCGAAUGGCACAGCUAGAGUUCCAGAGGAGGGAAGCAUUGAAGCAUCAGGAGAUGCAGGAAAUGGUGGACCAGGAGCAUCAGAAUGGAGACUCUCUGAAGGAGCAAACCAGCCAGGAAACCUUGGUGAAGAGAAGAGCUGAAGCACACGGAGAACAUACCACCUAACAGCUGAAAUGGCAUCCACAUGCGAGCCAUAUUAAAACAUGAUUUAUGUGUAGCGCACACAGUUUUCGUCCACUCAGAGGGAUAAUUAUUCAUAAGCAUGGGAAACCACAGACACGUGGAAACGCAGCCAGAACCGGUGCUAACAAUUGCCAAGUUUUGUCGUCCUCGAUGGGGAUGUUUGGCCAACUUCAUUAUCGAGUGUGGGAGGAAGCCACCCUCGGGCAUCUGCCACGUGACUGGGGAUGCUUCGUCGUUCCGGUUGCCACCUGUCCGGGUUUACACCUGGAAUUGGAAUUUGUGUUCGGGUGGCAGGAAUCGAUUUGUUACGGGAUCUGGUGGUGUUGCGUUCAAUUAUCAAGGCUAUGGGUUGGCAACCUGCGGCUCCGGAAUCACGUGCGGAUCUUUAAGGACUGCUUCGUGACGGUAUUCACAUGCAUUGCAACUCUUGACAUAUUGAGGUUUUUUUUUGUUACCGAAUUCAAAUUUUAAAAAAUGGCUCUUCUUGUUAUUUCGGUUGCCGACUCCUGAUCUUGGCUGACAGGAAUAUGUAUGGGUGUGGUUUAUGGGAAAGGUGUAAACCUUGCUCUUCGUGUCUCUACACCUCUGGAUCGGCACCCAGGACGUCACACAUACUCAGGGCUCCCACACCGGGACACCUGUGAAGAAGAGCCUCAUAGCUCAUUGCAUUUCUCCACUCGAAAUAAAGAUUCUGACACUGUUUUCGGGGUUCAUCCUUCUUAUAUUUUUGGCGGUGGCGUCAUUAGGAGCGAGCUAUGGUGAACUUGUUUUUAGCUUGUUGUUUGUGCACCACUGUCAACGCAGACGCAGCAGC